AUGCGUGGCUGUCAGGGGAGUGGUGAGAGGGUAGACUUGGUGUUGGAGGUAGUUCUUCAAGCGCUUACAGUGCGGUCGCGGCUGACGGCGCAGUGCUUGGGUCCCGGGAGUCUGGAAGCCCGGGUCACAUUGCCGUUCCAGUUGACUCCUUCAUCUCGCUCCCUGGGCCUCAUCCAAUCUCCCCGGAAUUUGUUGAACUGGUCCGUGUCUGUGAGCCGAAGAAGGGGUUACGUGAAUUGGGCCAACGACUUUCUGAAAAACGUGGGCCGUGCGGUCCCCGAGAUGAAGCCUCUAAUGAAGCGAUUUCGAGAGCUUAACAGCUACCUCGCAACCAAACGAGUCAGCACAACAGACAUAAUCAACUGUGCGUGUGCAACGGAGGCCCUUCUGGCCCGAUUCGAACAAGCAAUGAAGCCCUACUUUGCGCUGUACGACGGUGCUAGACUUCAGGUAAUGGAUCGGCUCCCAGCGAUGCCUAGUCGAGAAGAACGAACGAUGAAGGUGCGAGUUCGUCAAGCGAAGUUCCUACAAUUGGUCAAGGAUAACAUCACAGGACCAAACAAGGAUUACGUCCUUAGCCGCCUGGAACAGCCUCUGCACAGGAGAAGAACCAAAGGUGGUAAAUGUACGGGUUCAAAGACGAAUUUGCGGGAUGUGCGGUCUGAAAUCCGUGACCUGUGGAUUCAGCUUCAUAUGGCGGUAGAGAAGUGCUUCACGUUUGCAGUUCCUUGCACGGCUCUGGAUCACGACGAGUUGUUGGACUGGGAGAUGCGUCAUCUGAACGUGUCCGGGACCCGAGAGGAGCAUGUUGAGAUUCGUCCGAAAAUUCGUCCGAAGAGCCGGAAUUCGUCAUCUUCGAGUGACUGUAGUUGCGAAGGUUGUAUGGCGCUAUGCCGCAAUCGACUUGGACGGAGUUUUACUUUUUUUGGAAGUCAUCCGACUCAGUGUCAUGAACUGAUUGAGUUCAAGGCGUUCGAGUCGGUGAAUGAAGAGACAUUGUUGAAGAACCGGUUGAAGAUAUUGAACCAGUUAAGUAGAGCUGAGAGUCAGCGACACGCCGCACAACAGUCCAUCAUGAGCUUGUGCGAAGUGUUUCAGUGCAUGGAUGAACUCCAGACAUACGACCCCCAAUCUCUCUGGCAGUUUACUGUGGGUUAUAAUGAACGUAAGUCAACAAGGCUGCCCGUUUGCGACUCUAAGGACCUGAACAAGCUUUGGUCCGGUGCAUGGAAAAGUCUUGACCAAUUUAUUGCUGGAAGAGAACGACUGGCCAGAGCCAACCCGAAGAACCCAACCGAAUCAGCAAGAGACUGGUACCGACUCAUCACCGCUCAACGUGUUCUCAGAUGGACCCAAAUUAUCCUCAAGGGAAGCAGUCUAGCCAAACGCAAACGCCAAUGGGAAAUACAUCUACCCCCUGGAGACCUCAUAAUGGAAGAUACUGGUAAGAAAGUUGCCAAAUCAACUAAACAAAAUUCUUGGUGGAAAGAUUGCUUCGGCUUCCUAUCCAAAGACAAGAAGAACAAAAACAGAGAAAAACCAAACAACAACUUAGCAGUCGGUCUAACCCUCUUCCCGACCGACCACCAGAUUCGGUUCGGCUUCGGCAAACUCUAA